CCUAAUAACAGCUUCAUUUAGCCACAGGAAAUCCUUUGUGUUAUAUAUAUAUACUCGAUUCUCUCGAUUUCACAAACCAUCCCUUCAAGCUACCUUGCGGGCGUUCUAGUCUUCUUCCUAUUUUUCGCCUCACCUGAAUCGAAUUGAAGAGAAAAAGUGAAGGAAAAAAACCAUGUCUUCGUCCGUUCCUGCAAAAAAAGCCGGUGUUUUGGGAUGCACUGGUUCGGUUGGCCAAAGAUUUAUUCUCCUACUCUCCCAGCACCCGUACUUGGCCCUUCAUGCUGUAGGGGCUUCAAGUCGCUCAGCUGGCAAAAAGUAUUCCGAAGCAACAAAAUGGAAGCAGGACCAACUCAUGCCAAAUCGUGUCCGGGACAUGAUUGUUAAGGACUGUAAAGCUGCUGAAUUCCGGGACUGUGACGUUGUCUUUUCUGGCCUUGAUGCUGAGGUUGCGGGAGAAAUUGAAAUGGAGUUUAUCAAAAAUGAUCUCGUCGUCUUUUCCAACUCCAAAAACUAUCGAAGGGACCCUAUCACCCCCCUCAUCGUCCCCCUCGUCAAUACAUCUCACUUCUCCAUCAUCCCACAUCAGAGAAGCCAGAAUUACCUGAAGAAGGGCUUUUUGGUUACCAAUGCCAAUUGUUCCACUACCGGCCUUGUUGUACCACUCAAAGCCUUGCAGGAUGCUUUUGGCGGUAUUGAGUUUGUUACUGUUACAACUUUGCAGGCUAUCUCUGGUGGAGGUUAUCCUGGUGUCCCAUCAAUGGACAUUCUUGAUAACACCGUCCCCCUCAUUGGGGGUGAGGAGGAGAAGAUCGAAUGGGAGACUGGCAAGAUUCUUGGCUCAGUCAACCCCACCUCUUCUGGAUUCGAUAUGCUUUCUACUAUCAAGGUGUCAGCGCAAUGUAAUCGGGUGGCUGUCAUGGACGGUCACACUGCUUGUGUUUCUCUUCGAUUCGCCAAGAGGCCCCCACCAUCCAUUGAACAGGUUAAGGCUGCGUUAAGGGACUAUGUCUCUGAGCCCCAACAAUUGGGUUGCCCUAGCGCUCCCAGGAACGCUAUUGUGGUUAUGGAGGAGGAGGACCGGCCUCAACCAAGGCUCGAUAGAAACACCGAUGGUGGUUAUGCUGUUAGUGUGGGCAGGAUAAGGCCGGACAAUAUUUUUGAUAUCAAAUUUGUGACCCUUUCACAUAAUACUGUCAUUGGAGCCGCCGGUUCUUCUAUCCUCAAUGCCGAGGCUGCUGUAGUUAAGGGUCUGAUUUAGAUAGGAUAUACCAUGCAAGAUGGCCGAGGAGUUGAAAUAGAUGCUCUCAAUGUUGUCAUGAUAUCAAAAGUUGGAAAUGUUACUUCAUAAAAUAGCCCAUUGCAUAUAGAUUCCAGUCCCUUCCCCCCAAACUUCGUAUUGUAAACUAGACUUCACAUGCUUGAAAUUCGAAACGCAACUUUUCGUCAA